GUGGGGUGGCAGAGCCGUGCCAACCAGUGCCGACGACAUCAACAGUGCUGUCUGAGCUCUCGAAGUUGUGGGGUCGCUCGGUCGGUAGGUCGGCAACCCCGCUUUAAGAAUAAAAACCUCGAUCAUUCAAUCUCGAGUCUUCGUCAAAGUUAUACCGUUGAUUGUGCUACUCCUCGAGUACACUUAAUCCUCUUACUUGUGAUACAGAUACGUCUUUCGUCGUUACUAAUCAUGAAGGCCCAUACACUUGUCGUGGGUGCUUGCUUCUUACUCGGUUUGUCUGGCGUUAAUGCACUCGAAUGUUACGUGUGUAACAGCUACACUGACAGCCGGUGUGCUGACAAAGAACCACAUCCAAGUCUUAUUCAAAAAUGUGACAUGCUUUCAAGUGGUGGUACCAAGUACACUAUGUGCAGAAAAACCGUGCAGUCUAUUGAAUUCGCAGUGAAUGGAUUGCCACCAGAAAUAAGAACCAUAAGAACUUGCGGAUACGAUGAAUCAAACUACAAAGGCCGAUGCUACCAACGCGGAGGUUUCGGAGGUCGACAGGAGGUCUGCUCGUGCUUAACCGAUCGCUGCAACUCAGCGACAACGAUUUUGGACAAAGCACCCCACUUUAUUUUAAUGCUUGUGUGUAUUAUCGGUAGUGCCGUGCGCACCCUGGUCGGCAACUAAUAAACGACAGCCCUUGAGCGCGUAGCAAUCGGGCCUUCGAGGAGCCGGCCGACCAUGAUGACACCGAACUUAAAACGCAAUGUCAUCAUCCUCGUUCCGGACUCGUAGCAACAAUCUUAUUGAACAAAAUAAAUAAAUUAUAACAGCAACAAAACCAUUUAUUAAUGGCAACGAAAAUAUUUAAAAUUGUCGAUAAAGUCGGAUGUUUAAUGUUGUUGAUUGCGUUAUUGUUGCCGGCGUGACGGUACGUCCGCGCCUCUCCUUAAGAACAAUUUCAUUGAUACCAAAAAAUAAUAACUAUAAUUACUACUAAUAAUUUAAAAUAAAAAUUAAUAUUUAUAAGUUAACAAUAAUAAUAAAAAUAAAAAUAACAAUAAUUAUAAUAAUGAUAAUGAUAUUGAUAUUAAGGAGAGAUAAUAAUAAUAAAGUGUAAAUGAUUGUAUGAACACGCUUAUAAUUAUUAUUGCCGUAUAAAAUGCACAAUUGAGAGGUGGUCGGGCCCCGGUGGAAUGACAUCAACACCGUAUCAAACGCUAUGCAAUUUAAAUCUUUAUUAAAAUCUUAAAAACAAUAUUAAUAAUUAAUUAAUUAAUUAUUUAAGUUAUUAUUACUAAUUACGGGCCAAUUCGCAUGCACGGGGAAUUUAAUUGUAGCUCCGUCGCCUCGAGUAUUACUCACACUGCCUCGAAAAAGAUAAACGAUUCUCUUGAAAUUACUUUUUAUUAUUUAUUAUUAUAAUUAUUGUCAUUAAUUAUAAUGAUCGAUGAUUGUUUUUUUAAGUUGUAUUGAUAUGAUAUGAAGUGAGUUAAUUUAUUCUUUAAUAAAUUUCGAUGAUGCUCGGAAAAUAAAUUUAUGUAAAUUAAAUAAAAAUAAUAAAAGUAAAUUCAGUAACUAGGGAGUCAGCUCGGGCACUGUUCACACUUUAUUAAGUAAAACUAAAUAAAACAAAACUCAUGUUCUGUGUGUAGAGCUUCAUUAAAAAAGAUUAAUUACAGAUGAAUGCGUUAUGAAUUUUAAGAGAGAUUAUUCAUAUAAAUAAAUAUAAAAAUUAAUAUAAAAAAAAAAAUUAAUAAAUAAAUAAAAAUUAUUACUAGAGAGAAGUCUCUUUGUUCUAGCGAAAUCAAUGUGCAUCGUGGAUAUUGUCAUCACGAUCUCAUUAUUUAAUUGAUUAAAUUUUAAAAGUUCGACUAAAUAAAGAGUAUAUUGUGUUAAUAGAUAAA